AUGAGAAUUUCGGUUCUCAGCUUCCCGGCCGCGGCCGACGAACCUCCUUCACACCUCAACCCAUCUCCAGAAGACUAUUCGCGGUUCAUCUUUCAAGAUAGAUGUCGCUCAACGAUCUACGCCGGCGCCGGAGGCCACGGCUGCGUCUCCUUUCAGCGGGAAAAGUACAUUCCAGACGGACCUCCGAAUGGAGGUGACGGCGGCAGCGGCGGAGGCGUCUACAUACAGGCCAUCGAAGGGAUGACCAGUCUGCACAAGCUUGCUCGGGGAGGAAUAGUUAAGGCAACCCGAGGAAAGAAUGGCCAGGGAAAAAGUAAGGGCGGAAAACGCGGUGAAGAUGUUCUCAUACAGGUUCCUGUGGGCACGGUCGUGCGCGAGGUAGACCGACAUGACCCCGUUGCUGCGGAAAAGCGACGGCAGAAACUGAUGAAAAAGGCGUCAAAUGACGAGGAAUUGGAGGAACUUGGUAUUACGCCCAUUCGUCACGAUCGCUGGGUCCUUUAUCCUGGUGCGAAUCCGUCGGAUUUCCUGAUGACAGUGUUCCCAAAGAAUCCGCCGCGGAGGCAAAGCAUUGCUGCGCUUGAGCCAGAAGCGCCUAUAUACCUUGAUCUGUCGAGACAUAUGGAUAAACCUAUUUUGCUAGCGGCGGGUGGUGCUGGAGGCUUGGGAAACCCACAUUGGGUUUCUCGUGACCAUCCUCGACCCCGGUUUGCUUCACGUGGAGAAGGUGCUAAGCGUUUGGAAUUGGAAUUUGAAUUGAAGCUGCUUGCAGACGUUGGAUUGGUCGGCAAACCCAACGCUGGGAAGAGUACCUUGCUUCGCUCGUUGACGAAUAGUCGGACUCGCAUCGGAAACUGGGCCUUCACUACGCUUGAGCCCAACAUCGGGACCGUGGUUAUCGAUAACGAUAAAGGCCGGCCUUUGGUUGAACUCGAAGGGAAAGUCCCGCGGAAGAGGUUCACAAUGGCCGACAUCCCGGGGUUGAUCAAGGAUGCUCAUUUGGACCGUGGCUUGGGCUUAGGGUUCUUGCGGCAUAUUGAACGAGCUGGGAUCCUUGCGUUCGUGGUGGACCUUAGCGCUGGGGACCCCAUUGAGGAGUUGCAAGAACUGUGGAAUGAACUCGGAAAAUAUGAAGAGCUGCGCGAGAUGGAGCCAGCCCACGGCGAGAGUGAGGACGAUCUGACCUGGAAUCCGCCCCGGCAUGGCCUACCUGAACUACAAACUGAAUAUAAAACCGAACCGGCCCAGUCUAAAGAUAGUCUUCCAGAGCUUCUGCUUCCGGCUAUCCACACCAAACCAUGGUUUGUUGUGGCUACGAAGUGCGAUCUUCCCGAAACUCAAGAACGAUUCAGGACACUUCAGGACUACCUCCGUGGAGUCGAACAGGGUAAACAUGAACAUCCAGGAGGGUAUGAAAGUGGCUGGAGGGAGAAGAUAUUUGCAAUUCCUGUGAGCGCUAUGCGGGGGGAGAAUAUGAUGGUCCUCCAAAACGUCCUCGCCGCCACGCUCUCCGCAAUAGUAAAUCCCGCUUCGGACGACCCGAUUAUUCAGUGCUUUGACAAGGACCUUGACAUCCUCCGUGAUAAUAUAUUCAACAACACAGACGAAACGCUUCAACUGUCCGACGCGCACCUACGUGUUUUCCCGUUUAAGAAUGUCGAAACCUGCUGGCGAAGGCUCUACACCGACUCCAGCAUUCUCAAAGCUUGCGAUGGGCCUAGGGUCGACCCCAGCGCUGCCUGGCUCUCGCCAGUCAUCCAUCUUCUCGACAAAGCAUUGAUCAUGACCGGCGCACCGCUUCGUGAGGACGCGGUGGAAUCUCUUUUAUCUGCUUUACAAGAAGCUACAAAGCCCCGUGUUCUUGAUACCGAUGAUGAGCAGCCAGACUACUCAUCCCGCGCUUCGAAAAGACGGAAGCUCUCCCCGUUCCUACCUCCCGAUGCCGUCCCUGCGCCGACCCUUACACAUCCAAUUACUCGUGUUUCGGAUCCAGGCUUUGACUACAUGGAAGAUCAUAUACAAGAUGUUAGGACGCCCCUGGUCAUUACAGAUGCGGUGGAGCACUGGCCCGCGAUGUCAACACGGCCAUGGGUAUCGCGCGAUUACUGGCUUGAUAGGACGUUUGGGGGCUGCAGACUAGUUCCCGUGGAAAUUGGCAGGUCAUAUACCGAUGAAGAAUGGGGACAGCGGAUCAUGGAGUUCAAGAAGUUUAUUGAGAAGUACAUCUGGAGGGAACCGUCACCGUCGAACUGGCAGGAUCAGGACCAAGAUGAUGACAGAGAUCCCGACCAAACAGGGUAUUUAGCGCAACAUGAUCUCCUUGGCCAGAUCCCGGCUUUGCGGAACGAUAUCGCUAUCCCUGACUUCUGCUAUAUUACCCCUCCAGCGCCGGACCCAGGGACACCGGUGUACCUGAAGAAACGUCAGGAACGGGAAUCUGAGCGGCAGAAGAAUAUGGGCAGCCAUCAGGCACACGGCGAAGCUGAUGUUGAAGGAGGCUCGCCCCUUCCCCCCUGCGAACCAAGAGACCCGAUCAUAAAUACCUGGAUUGGCCCCUCUUGGACAAUAUCUCCUCUCCACCAUGACCCAUACCACAAUAUACUUGUGCAAGUAACAGGUUCUAAAUACAUCCGUCUCUACUCACCUCAUACUCCCGCCUCCCAAAUCCACCCUCGAGGCAUGGAGCCCGUCACGUCUGAGAGAAGAGGUAGCAAUUCUGGUCCGCCUGAUUCAGACGGUGAUGGCUCCACCACGCGGAUGAUUGAUAUGUCGAAUACGUCCCAGGUUGACUUGGCUUCCAUAGAACUCUCCCCCGCCGAGUCCGAGCAGUGGGAGGCUAUGUGGCCUGGUUUCCAGCAGGCGGAGUAUGUUGAGACGGUCCUGAAAGAGGGCGAGUCUCUGUAUAUUCCUGUGGGGUGGUGGCAUUAUGUCCGUGGACUAAAGGCAGGGAUUAGUGUUAGUUUCUGGUGGUAG